GAAAAAAAAUUUUUUUAAUCGGCUUGAGUUAGCAUGGUUUGCUGACAUGAGUGAAUGCUAUGUUGUCGAAGUGAGUGAGAAAGUAAUUGGUUUGUGGCCAUAACGUUGGAUGACAGCUUCUGUAGGGUUUCAAUUAAGCCGCAAAUACCACAGGUGACAUUUUAUGUAAAUAUUUGAAACCUGGUAAGGCGGAUACCAAAAUAUGUAGCCUCAUUUGAAAUGGAAUUUUUAAAACCAGUGUUUUUAAAUUAGUGUAUCUUUCAUAAAUAUUAUAGCAGCAAUUUAAAUCUGCUAACUAUUACUUUAUUUUGGUAGUAUAAGAAACAUUCAUCUAGGUCAAUCUGUCAUUUUAACUGGGUUUCUCAUCUUCUUAAACUUCAGUGUCCAGCAGUGUUAAAAAAAAUAGUCGCGGUUCUGAGAGUAAUUAACUAGUACUACAUGCAGAGGAUAUAUUUGAGCUGUGUGUUAUGGUAGCGUUCUGGAUUUUCUAGUACCUUUUAUAAGUACAGAUUUUGCUCACCUACCUAAUGCUCCUUGUUUUAAAACUCUUGCUUAGAGGUAUUGUUUUCCAAAUAGGAAAAUAGCUUAUAUAAAAUAGCGUAUAUAAUAAGAAAAAUGAAUUUUUGGUGAGAAUGUUUCAGGGUUGCUAUCAUUGGUUGGAUGGAUGAUAUAGCUAUUUUUCUAUUUGAAAUUUUGAAUGUGAGAUAAUGUUUUAUGGUCGCAACCAGUGGUUGGAAAGCUGUCUAGUCUUCUAUAUUUGAAAUUCUGUUAACGUUGUUUUACAGUCUAAAGGUGUUCAUUUACAUCCACUAUAUGUUGAGUAGAUUAAAUGUACUUUAAAAUGUACUAGAUCUAUUUAUCAUAAUAUCCAGCACUUAAUUUUGUAGAUUGUAAUGUGAAAAGACUAUUCUAUAUUUGUCAUUUGACAAUUGGAUUUUUGUGGCCAUAUCUUAAUCUAACUUGCCAUAGGAAAUAGGAGGUGGUAGUCAUUUCUUUGUGUACCUCUCUCUGUCUCUGUCUCUCUGUCUGUCUCUCUGUCUGUCUCUCUGUCUCUCUCUCUCACUCGCGCACACACACACAUACAACCUUUGAAUUCUAUAGGAUUUUGCUGAAUGGUACAUUUCCUUGUGGUUAAUAAAUGGAUAAAGUCUAGUCUUAUGUCUGUAGUGGUAUUGAUCAGUUCCGGGUGGGCUGAAUGUGCUGUGAAAUGGCGAUCAUUGCCAGAGAUUAACCAAAAGAAUCAUGUCUGUUUAAAUGGAAGAAGGAACGUGCUUAAGGCAGGCUGACAGCUCAUUUUGUGCAUGAUUUGGGAGGGAAGAUGAACAAUGGCAUAACUAAAAAGAGUGAAGGCCUCAAUAACAUUAAAUCUUUUGCUUUUGCUUACAAGAUACUUUAAUGUUGUGAUUUUUAUUUUCCCUAGUACUCCUAUUCUACCCUUAUAUGAUCUGGCUGGUGUAAUCUCCUCGAUCUUCUUGAGAAAUCUUUUAUUUGAACCCCCUUUUCAGCUCUCCUGCCUUUGAGGAGGAGGAGCAUGACUGAUUCUUAACUGCCCAAGGAAUUGUGGACAUUAUUCCAUUCCAAACCCACCUGGGUCACACUAAUUGGUGAACAAGGUUGUUCAUGAGCAGACAUAAGGCACUACUUCUAGAAAAGGAAGCUUGCUGUAUAGCUCUUGCAGCUUUCUUCACUUAGCUUGAAAGAGGGAGAAGAGAAAUUGAGCAACGGUUUUCCUGUAAGAUCAUUUUCACUAGGCCAGCAGGUGCUAUACUUGGCAGAUCAGAAACACAGGAGUGCAUCUUCUAUAAUGCUAAUUGGGAAAAAGAUAGAACUAAUCGUACUGGUGUUGAACCUUGUUAUGGUGACAAAGAUAAAAGACGACACUGCUUUGCAACCUGGAAAAAUAUUUCUGGCUCAAUUGAAAUAGUAAAGCAAGGUUGUUGGUUGGAUGAUAUUAACUGUUAUGACAGAUGAACAUUGAUCUGGAGCUGAAAGGAAUCUCUGAAACCACUUGACUCAUUUUAAGAUGAGGAAUGAUUGUGUUGAAAAAAAGGACAACCCUGAAGUGUAUUUCUGUUGCUGUGAAGGCAAUAUGUGCAAUGAAAGGUUUUUCUAUUUUCCGGAGAUGGAGAUCACAAUACCAACUUCCAAUCCAGUUACACCCAAGCCACCCUUGUUCAGCACCUUGCUUUACUCAUUGGUACCCAUCAUGCUAAUUGCAGGAAUUGUGCUGCUUUCAUUUUGGAUGUACAGGCAUCACAAGUUAGCAUACCCUCCUGUACUUGUUCCAACUCAAGAUCCAGGACCACCCCCACCCUCUCCAUUACUAGGCUUGAAGCCCUUACAGUUAUUGGAAAUAAAAGCUAGGGGGAGAUUUGGUUGUGUCUGGAAAGCUCAGUUACUCAAUGAGUAUGUGGCUGUUAAAAUCUUUCCAAUACAGGACAAACAGUCAUGGCAAAAUGAAUAUGAAGUAUAUAGUCUUCCUGGAAUGAAACAUGAGAAUAUAUUGCAAUUUAUUGGUGCAGAAAAAAGAGGCACCAGUGUUGAUGUUGACCUCUGGCUAAUCACAGCAUUUCACGAAAAGGGUUCAUUAACUGACUUUCUCAAAGCCAAUGUGGUUUCUUGGAAUGAAUUGUGCCAUAUUGCUGAAACUAUGGCCAGAGGGUUGGCAUAUUUACAUGAAGAUAUACCUGGUUUAAAAGAUGGUCACAAACCUGCCAUAUCACACAGGGACAUCAAAAGCAAAAAUGUGUUGUUGAAAAACAAUCUCACAGCUUGUAUUGCUGACUUUGGUUUGGCAUUAAAAUUUGAGGCAGGGAAGUCUGCAGGUGAUACCCAUGGACAGGUUGGUACCCGAAGGUAUAUGGCUCCAGAAGUUUUAGAGGGUGCUAUAAACUUUCAAAGGGAUGCAUUUUUGAGAAUAGACAUGUAUGCCAUGGGAUUAGUACUGUGGGAACUUGCCUCCCGCUGCACUGCUGCAGAUGGUCCCGUGGAUGAGUACAUGUUGCCAUUUGAAGAGGAAAUUGGCCAGCAUCCAUCCCUUGAAGAUAUGCAGGAAGUUGUCGUGCAUAAAAAAAAGAGACCUAUUUUAAGGGAGUGUUGGCAGAAACAUGCUGGAAUGGCAAUGCUCUGUGAAACAAUAGAAGAAUGUUGGGAUCACGAUGCAGAAGCCAGGUUAUCAGCUGGCUGUGUAGGAGAAAGGAUUAUUCAAAUGCAAAGACUAACAAAUAUUAUCACAACAGAGGACAUUGUGACUGUGGUCACUAUGGUGACAAACGUUGACUUUCCUCCCAAAGAAUCCAGUCUAUGAUAAUUACAUUGGUUGUUCACACUGAGAAACAGGACUCGGAACUUGGAGCUGCUAAGCUAAUGAGACUGCUUACAGUUUCAGAUGUUUUCUGUGUGAGACGGAGUGGUGAGUCUUUUGGGAAUGGUGGGAAGGCGGCCCGCUUUUAAAAUGUGGAUCCAGAAGACCUACUGCAUUCCCUACAUGGACUUGAAGGACAACAUAUGACCAUGAGAAGAGGCAAACUCUGUCAAUCAAAGAACUUUUCAGAUGUAAAGGAAGAAUGUGGCCCUCUACGGAUCAUAUGGACCUGUCUAAUCAAGCGUUUAAAAACUGACAUCAAAUUUCUUAAUGUCUGUCAGAAGACACUAAUUCCUUAAAUGAACUACUGCUAUUUUUUUUAAAUCAAAAACUUUUCAUUUCAGAUUUUAAAAAGGGUAACUUGUUUUUAUUGCAUUUGCUGUUGUGUUUAUAUCAAUGACUAUUGUAAUGCCAAUAUGACACAGCUUGUGAAUGUUUAGUGUGCUGCUGUUCUGUGUACAUAAACAGUCAUCAAAGUGGGAUACAGUAAAUAGGCUUCCAAGCAUUACUUUAACCUCCCUCAACAAGGUAUACCUCAGUUCCACGGUUGCUAAAUUAUGAUUGAAAACACUAACAAAAUUUGAAUAAUAAAUCAAUCCAUGUUUUGUAAAGACGUAUUACAAAUUCACUGUGUUAUUUAAAAAAACAAAAACAAAGGGUAAGCUACGCUUUGUGCCAACAGGAAGUGGCCAUUCCUAAAGCAGUGUUGUAAGCCUUUUCUUGUGCUAGCUCAUGUUAAAAAAAAAAAGUGCUGUUUUUUGAAAUGAAAACCUUAAUAUCGUUUCCUCACCCUCCCGUCUCCUUCUCCUUGAUUUUAGGUUUAAAGCUUCAUCUUACCUCCAGUUCCCAAAAUAAUACAUAUGCUUAUUUUACUUAAAUACUAUUUAGGUUUGCUGUGUCUGAGGAAUAUUUGAAAAUGUAAAGCAUGAUUUUUUAAAAGUGUUUUUUAAGUGAGCUGUGACACUGGAAAGCUCUUAGUUUUCUUAUUAAUUUUUUAAAAUAGACUUUUUCCUAUUUAUGUAUGUACAGUCUUAGUGUAUUUUCUUUCAUCCAGCAGUAUGCAGUGCAUUCUGUAUCACUGUUUCAAGGAUCACCUCAGGAAGCUUCAUUACCCAGAAUUCCUCACUCUCUGCUUUGAGACUUUAUAACUAGGUACACCUUUUUGCUUGGUGCCAUCUUGUCAGAGUAAUAUUUGAUGUCUGUGAUGUGUAAAAGAUUAUUUAGAAUAAGUUGUGCAUUUUAGACACAGAUUUCAGAUAUUACUGCUAAAAAAUCAGGGAUAACAAGUUAAGCUUAUAACUUCAAAUAUGCAAUGAAUUUAGAGGUAACCAAUGUUGAUGUAGGUAGCAUGGCCUAGCAAAAAAAUGAUAAUAUUCAAAUUAUUUUCACAACUAAUUGCAAGAUUACUUUAGAAUAAUCCAUGGCUUAUUCUUGCUAAAGAAACAAAUCAGGAUUGAUACGAAAUAGGUGCCAAAGUACUUUUCAUAGGAAAAUGAUUGGGUCCUCCUUCAGCUUAUAUAGGCCAAAUUCAAAUAUAAUGGUUUCUAAAAUCACUAGAUGACUGACCAGUGCUAGCCAGUAUUAUGCGAUAUAAUUUCAUCAGGCCUUUUGAAAAUCAUGCAUUAAUUUUAUAAAGGAGUUGUUUUUUUUAAUGUCAUUAUCAGGAGCUCACUGUGAAUGUGUUCUAUUCAGAUGGUUAUUUAAGACUACACAGUACAGUUCAUUUUACAUAUGACAUGCACUUAAUCUCUGGGAACAAUAACAAAUUAAUUAUUUGAGACUUCUGUCAACAUACUCUAAGCAGGGAGGGGAAGAAGGGUAAUAGCAAUGUUGUUUGUACUUAACAUCCCAUCCAGAACUGUUCUUGUUUGCUGUUUGUCCCUCUUAUCAUUUGGGUCUCAUCGUAGCCAUAAAUCCCCAUUUCAAUGUGGAAUGCAUCUGCUUUAUGUGUUUUAGCAAAGCAAACUGCUUGGGCUCCCUCCUGAUUUCUUGAUUUGAAUUUUGUUUUGCUUCCACCUUCUGACACAAAUCAAGAAAAGAAUCCGUGGAGGAAAUUUGAAUACAUGAUGGAACUUUUUCAACCUUUUAAAGAUUUAUUUCUACCUAUUUUCAGUGUUUAGCCCUCUUUUUAAAACACACACACACACACACACACCCAAGGGGUAUUAUGAAUGUUUGGCUUAUGUGAGCACUAGAGAUAAAUUUUAUAAAACUCAUUAGCAAAAAUGAUGUUUUUCUCUUCAUGGUAGAAAAGAAAUGAACCCUGUUUUUAGAACUCCUGAAUAUUGUACUUAACUGUAGUUAGCCAAUUUUAUGACUUGUAUCCUUUUGAAAACUAUGUUGGUAGUAAAAUACUUUUAUAACUAGUGAAGUAAGAAUGCUUCAGUGACCUGUCCUGAUUCCUAGUCAUGUCAAGACUUUGUUUUGCAGGGCAUUUUGUAUUUGGUUUACAGUCAGUGUAGAAGAGGGCAAGCCAACAGAAGGGAAGUCUGAGCUUGGCCUAGGAAUAUGGAAAAAAAGGAAGAUUGAAAAGAAUGAAAAUCCUGACCUUUGUUGUGGGGCUCUUUGGUGGCCCUGAUAACUUUUUUCCUCAUGUAUAUGGUGCUCCUCAUGGCUCAUCUUGUAUUUUGCCUUUCUGAUACCAAGUCAGACUCGCUGCUCUAACUUAUACUCUUUACCUUGCCCAGAUCUACGAAAGAGGAUUCAUUGCUGGAUGACCAACUGCCAUAGGACUGAUGGAUUAACCAGUGGGUUUGGCUUUACUGGAAGUCUAUGCCCUGCACAGCUCUUGUAUGUAUUUAGAUGCUAGGAAGUUUUUAGCAUGUGAAGUGUGAUUACUAUUUGAACGUUUAUUACAAGUACCUUAUGAAUUCCAGAACAGAGACUGUGCCUCAUAAUUGUUGAUCCCUUGAAUUUGCACUAUCCUUUAUGGUGACAUUUAAAAAAACAAAAAACAACCAAUCAGGAAAGAAAUGCACUAUCUUGUGAACGUUUGGGGAAUUCAGAAACAAAAUUCACUGUGCAUGUAAGUUUUAAAAAGUCACGCCCCCAUCCCUCCAACAAAAUGACUUCAAAAUUUAUCCCAAAAUAUCAAUGGGGAAAAUAGACCUUGAACAAGGUUCAUUAGAAUAAAUUGAUUAAGAAAAAUGUUUCACCAUUCUUUUUUUCCACUUCCUCUUUCCAUGUUUCAAUCUUUUCAGCAAAUUUAUUUUUAGAAACAUUUGGUAUAAUAUGCAUAAAAUUAUUUACUGAUUUAUGGGCAAAAUGAUACAAGUAGCAUCCUUGAUUGAACAUCAUUUACCUCAGAUAUCCAACCAGCAGUACGUUUUUUAUGCAGUCUCAAUCCAUACACUAUUUGUUACCUCUCAAAAUAUUGGUAAGCAAUUAUUUGAGCUUUACUCUCUGUAUUUCUUGUCAGUGUUUUGGGCACAGGUUGUUGUACUACUGUCAAACUUGUACUUGCUAUUUUUUCUGCAAGUAUAUAACAACGAAAAAUACAAAAAAAAAAGCCCCACAAAACCCAACCCUGGAUAAAAGUGAUUGUUAAAUAUUGUAAAAAUAAAAAUGUAUGCUAUCCCCGCUCCACUUCCCCCAAAGUUAAAUAAAAAAUAAGUGACUACUGUA